CUUCCGCUUCGCUGGUGCUCUGUUGCAUACAUUAGCUGCUGCAAAGGCAAGCUUCCCGCCGGCAAUGGAGGGCACAGAUACUGUUGCAAGCCUUCGCGGCUUGAAUCAGGAUUUGCAGAGUCUCUCGUCGGGCUUCGUUGUCAAUAUCGAGCGCCUCCGUGUCGAGUUGGAGACACACAUUGAAGACUUCAAGAAGCUACUCGACAAGCCCGCUAAAAACAAUGCAAGUCGGCAAGCCGUCCUCUCGGGGAAGGUAACCAUCGGCCAUGUCGAAUACUCCAUCAACAAGGAUUUCCAGCAAGGCGUACUACAGCUUGCGGACACUCUGGACCUUGACGAGCUCGAGGCGGCUUUCUUAUUCUUUGAUGCGCAAGUUGAAGCUCAAUCACUGGAUAGACCCUUACUCAAUGUUGCGAUCAUGCGCUUCCACCAGCGCCGGCAGUUCUUGCUCGACUCGUUGCGUCUCGUUUUGCAGGAGUCAUUUGAGGUGGAAAGGGAAACAAAUCAGGUUAUUAUGCAGGAAAUGAUGUCCUAUGUACUUGACAUCAAGAAUGGCCCUUUGCGAAAUGCGUCGCUAUACACCCGAAAAUGCAUGACCGCUAUGAUCGAGGUGGAGAAGUGGCUCGCUACUCUAAGUGAACAGGCGCAGAAGGCAACGGUUGUUGGUCAAGCCGAAGAUGCAGAUAUUAUGGAACUCCUGGAGUACCAGCGCAACAGCCUCCUACAGCAACAUGAAACGCUUGGUGCUGUUCUAAGCUACCUGUUCAAAGGCCCUUAUACCAGCCCCGAGGACCUUCGGGUCCUCGUUAAGCACCUCCAGUCCCUAGAACGCUUUGACAGUAUAGUGGUUCACUAUUUGUCAUGCGUAGUAUUCGCCUUCCAACAGCACGGCUCGCCUGAGAAGACAAGCUCCUACCAGGACGCCAAAAGCUUGUACAAGGACAUCACCACAACAACGGUCGCUCAGGAGUGGAAGCUGCCCACUCUCCAUUCUGCCAUCAUCAUACUGUGGCUCGCAAUCUUCAGCGCCUGGGAGUACGAUGCUCCGUCCUCCCCUAUCCAUGGAGGUGGCCCCGCGACAGACAAAGAUGAGCGUACGGCUUUGUUCAUGACAGCGCUGGAUGACGGCGGACUCGAUCUCCUGCUUACGGUCUGCUAUAGUAUCAACAACGAAGAAUGGGCAGAUCCGGCUCGAAGUGAAUUGGUAGCGCUGCUAUUGAAGGAAGUUGCUUCGGCAACCCUCGAACUAGAUCAAUGCUCUGAGUUCUCAAAGACUCUUUUGAUGGAGAGCUUGGACGUUUUUGCCGAGGCAUGCAUAGCAAACAUGCCAGAUGCAGUCCGGAUGUUGAAAACCGAAGAAGACUCGCAGCGGCUUGAUCAUUUGACAGCUCUGCGAGAUGGCUUGACCUCCACGCCUCAUCGUGGCGUGGUCGAGGCCCGCACUCACCUCGAGUCUUUCUUAAUGGUCAUGGCUUUUGCGUACGAGCAGCGUCCUGACUCCGCGCAAGAAUUUUGGGCAGAUCCUGACUCAAACAUGUAUGGCUUCCUUCAGUGGGCCUCCAAGCGACAGACCGUUCCCAGAGUCAGCGCAUUCUGUGAAUUGCUUUGUUCCCUCUCAGUUGGGGACGAAAAUGCCACUGCAGCUCACAAAUUCCUCUCAGAAGAAGACAAGUUGAUGUCUGCUAAAUUCAGACGGUCAAGCUCCAUGAACUGGACACAAAUGUUUGCCGAGCUACAGCUAUAUGCUACGAGAGUCACGGAGAAACAACCUGCUUCACGCGCGAUUCUACGCUCGAGAAAGCUGGAUCCGGCUGAUAUGAGUGAGCCCGAGAGCCCCGUGAUGCUUACUUGUUAUCUCAGACUACUGGAACAUCUGUCUAAGCAGAGCGCCAUGGUCCGAGAUUGGCUACUCUCUCAUUCAUCCUUCAACGUUGUCGAUACACUGUUGACGCUCUGCAGCGGAUCAGUUCCGACACAUCUGAGGGCCAAUGUUUUUACAGCUCUCGGGGCUCUCAUGACGGAUCGUACAGCCCACAAUGGCAAUGAAAUGUGGCUGUCUCUUGAUCAGUGGAUUUCCGGCGGUUUAAUGAGUGCUUCUGGUGUCGGAAAACCUCCAGCCAACACUAAUGCUUCUGUGUGGUAUGAGCAGCAGAUCUUUCGAAAUAUUGGUGAGCGUUUUGACCAGGCUAAUGCGUUUGUCACUCUGAUCUCCUCACUUGUUACGCCUACCCUCGAAUCCGCGGAUUUCCAUCUUUCGCUACCUUUCCCGGAAAGUCUCGGGUCCUCUUACCGCACGCCCGGCAUUGAACCAUAUGUUGACUUCGUCAUGGGCCAUGCUUUGGCAAGGAAAGUUCCUGAUCUAACUGAACGCCAGAGUCGGUUGUUGACUCUCAACUGUUUGGAGUUUGCGGCAACCUGUCUCAACUCGUUCAAUGAGGAUCUUGUAACUGUCUUGAGCCAAACGUCUGCGUCACCAGAUUCUGCGUUCAAGUCGUCCACGAUGGUGACUUACAUCCGGCUUCACCCUUUUGCACGAGUUGCAGAAUGGCUGUUUAAUGAGGAUGUCAUCAAAUCUCUGUUUGCGACAGCUCAACAAGAUGUGAACGAGGUUGCCAGAGCGUCGCCAGAUUCCACGCUUGUCCUCUCUUUACUCAGAAGCUUGAACGUCAUGAAUCUGAUCCUUGAUCUUCAAUCGACCUACUUCAAUAUCGUUAGGCCGAUGAUCAGAUCACAAGCAGGCGCGGACAGAACAAGCGUGGCCAACUCCUCCCUUGCGGCCUUUGAAGAUAGCAUUCUCAAUAACUUGACCAUUGUAUCCGCACUGUGUCUUUACUGCAGUACUGGGCACGAGGAACUCACAGUCUUGUCCAUGGCAUUGUUAGAGAAGCUUUCCAGCUCCUCAAAACUGAACAAAGUCACCUCGCCUGAGUUAAACAAAUGGCGUUCGUCGAACAAGAUCGUUGAGGUUCUCAGCUCAGAGGUGGACCUGGACAAUCUGGCACGACCCCUUACGCAUCAGAUGGAAGUCGACGAACGGGAGCUUGAGGCUGGCGAACGAUCUCCGGCUUACAUAAUUAGAAAAAGCCUCCUGGCGCUUUUGAACAGCUGUCUUGGGUCUACAAGCGAUAGGCCAACGAUCGCACAUCUCCUCCUCGGUUUCAACAGCAUAGGAAGCCUGCUUGACGUCUCAGCUGAUGGCAUGUUUGCUAACAAGAUGUCCCUGUUGCAUGCCAUUAUCCAGUUCGUGCAAGCCUUCCCCGGCGCAAUGGAUGGUAACAUCCUGCCAUGGCUGAUGCAAAUGAAGCGCAUGGCGUUUCAGGUCUUGAAGAAUCUUUGGUCCUCGAGGAUCUCGUCGUAUUUCACCCUUUCCGAGAUGCGUGGCUCUCGAUUCCUCGUCAACAUGCUCGCAACUCAACCAGUUAUUGGGCUGCACACCUCUUGGGAUGGGUUGCCAAUCAUCGCAGAUGAAUUUUGGUUCUCCCAGUCAACCUCUGCUUACGCAGAAUUCUUGCUUCUCAGAAGCUUCCUUUUUGACUACGCCGCAAUAGAGAUUCGCUCAGCUGCUAAGAUUGGAGCGCCCACUCUCCAAGCCGAGCUUCUUUCCACGCUCUUUGGUACCUCGGUCUCAGAGACUGGAGAGACCCUAGUAAAUCCUUCUGUGUUCGAUCUAUUCGACUUCGCCGACUUAGACAUUCCUAACUCCCUACCCACACCCGACCUCUUCUUCCUUGAGGGCCUCGAUUUUGACCUUUGUGCACGGAAAGGGGCAGACCCCUCCCUGAUACUCUAUAAUCUCGCUGAGGUAACAGAGAUGAUACAGGUUAUGAAAGAGGAAUUAUUCGCUAGGGGCCAGUUGCACGAGGAGCAGUUCACUGCUGAGGCGGACACUCUACUAGUGUUCAUAGAGGCAACGAACCAAUCCAGGCAGAUCAGGUACAACCGCUUCUUAGCCCUUCGAUCCUGGACCGAGCUUAUUACAACGAUGCUGUCAUCCUCGGAGAUCGAAGGCGGCCGGCUAACAACCUUUAUUUUACACACACUUCAACUAAUUCUACCCAAAUUUGGAGCAGCCAUUCAGGGUGACAUGCCCGAGGCUUUAGAAUUAGCCAGGCUGGCCGAGACGUUGGUCAGCAGACUGGAAGCUUCCAGAUCAGAAUCUCCCAAGUCGAAAUUGAACGUCACUCGCAAGGGCGGGGAUGUGCUUGACGAGAAGCUUCACCAGAUGUUCCAGGUUUGCGUGCGCGGCGUGAUCGUGGCCACUGGGAAUGUCGAUCUCAGGGAGAGUCUCUACAAUAUAUGCUCGCAUUAUGUUGCUCGCAUCGUCUCCGCCGAAUCGACUCAUGACUCACUCAAACAGCAAAGUCAGCAGAUUGUCAAGGCAGCCGGACAUGCCCUGGUCGAAGCUAUCUGUGAUGAUGCAUAUGCUGGCCAGGAAACGUGCCGUGUCUCGGCUCUCCUUUGUCUGAAUCUCUUGGCCGUCCUAGAUAGGCAAACAGAUCCAGUUCUGGUCGAAAUGAUAGCGCAGACCAACUACCUAAGCCUUUUCCUUGAUACCAUCCGUGUUUUGCCUGUGGAACUGAGCAAUACACAAGCAAGCGAUACACCGCUUCUGUUGUCUUACUAUCAGUCUUUGCUGUCUCUUUUUCAAGAGUUGUGUCAAACGAAGACUGGGGCCACACACGUUCUGAAGACUGGACUUUUCCAAGCUGUGCGUGAGUCGCAGCUUUUCGCCGCCGACCCCGAUCUCGGAAUUGAUAUUGACAACUCUGAUGCUCUACGGAAAUACUAUGAGCUACUGGAUUCCUGUCUGAGAGUGAUUGUAUCUGCAGCGUUCUCGCGUGGGCUUCACAACCAGCAGAUGAUGGAGCAGACGCGCACAUUCCUCACAGAGAAUCGAUCGGGCAUGGUCGGCAUUUUCAAGCGAUUCGCUCGAAUCAGUGGCACCGGCAACGCAGAUCAUCAAGACACACUGACGAAUCUUGUCAAGUCUUACAUGGCACUUAUUACCGCCACGGACUUUCUAGAUAACUCAAGAGGCGCCCCCGAGCAGAGGAGCGGUAAGCGCAAAUCAAUCGGUAAAAGAAAACACUCCGAUCAAGAAGACAGUGGCUCGCUCCAGCCUCAGCAGCAACAAGCGACCAUCUCCGAACUUCUCUCACGCAAUCACCCCGCCGCUCACGGCGAUAACAGGAGCCAUCAGCACCACAACCAGUCCUCGACGAGUAAACGACUGCGCCUGUCACCUACCCUCGCAGGCCCCUCCCACCCUUCAGCCGGCCCUCGAGAACAGACUUCGUCCGAAAGAAUGUACAAUUUCACGAAUGCGGAGCCUCGGUUAGGCGAGACCAUGGGCCAAAGUACGGGCGGGGCCGGGGGUGUCAACCCUGCAGUCAAACCUCGACCUUUCAAUGCGGCGUCGCGCCAGGGCAACUUCACUCCUCAUACAGGCGCGAAACGGCUGGUGGUCAAGAAUUUGCGGACUGGGUCACGGUUGAAUCAAGAAUCUUACUUCGAGAAAGUCUGGGACCAGCUUGAUGCCGCCUUGUCGGCGGUAUUCGGUGGCGGGAAGCCGGAAAAGUCGCUGGAGGAGCUUUACAAAGGCGCAGAGCAUGUUUGUCGACAAGGGAGAGCUGCCGCCUUAGCCAAGCGGCUUUCGGAUCGCUGUCGAGAUUAUGUCACCGGGAAACUGCGCGAAAAAUUGGCGGCGCAGGCGGCUGGAGGCACCAAUAUUGAAACGUUGCGGGCGGUUGUUGAGGCGUGGUCGCUAUGGCAGUCCAAACUGGUUACCGUCCGCUCCAUCUUCUAUUAUCUCGAUCAAUCCUUCCUCCUCCACUCCAAGGAACUUCCCGUCAUUCGCGAGAUGGGCUUGAUUCAGUUCCGACAGCACAUAUUCUCUGAUCCAGUGUUAGAACCGAAGAUCUUACAGGGCGCCUGCGAUCUUGUGGAAGCAGACCGUGACGAAAGCAAGAGCAUGGUGGCCGACUCAUCCCUACUCCGGCAUGCCAUCGAUCUCUUUCAUGGACUUGAUAUCUAUACAUCUGCUUUCGAACCUGUCUUUGUAACCGAGUCCGAACGAUUCUUCUCUUCUUGGGUUCAACGGGAAGCAGCGGGUUAUCUGGCGACAUUCGCGGAGGACAGCCACAAGUUGAUCGAGCGCGAGGUCAAUCGAUGCGAGCUAUUUUCCCUGAAUCGAAGCACAAAACAGAGACUUUCUGAGAUUCUCGAUCGAACUCUGGUGGCUGAGCAAGAAAGUGUACUUCUUAACCAGAAAGAUAUACUCGGCCUCCUACGGGCUGGUAAUUAUGUCGCUUUGGAAAAGCUAUACUCGCUCCUCGAACGAAAAGACUUGGGAGCCAAGUUGAGAACCUCGUUCAGCACUUACAUCAUCGAGGAAGGAUCAGCGAUCGUGUUCGACGAGGAAAAAGAAGCAGAUAUGGUGGCGCGUUUACUGGACUUCAAGAAACAACUUGACGAUAUGUGGAACAGCUCGUUUCAUCGCAACGAAGAGCUAGGCCACGUUCUCCGAGAAGCUUUCGAAACAUUCAUGAACAUGGGAAGGAAAUCUGCAUCUACGGGAGGAACCGACAAUCCAAAGACGGGAGAGAUGAUCGCCAAAUACGUGGACAGACUACUAAAGGGCGGUUGGAAGCUGGCCCCUACACGGACAGCGGAGGAUAUGCCGUUGGCAGAUGAGGAUGCCGAAAUCAAUCGACAACUAGAUCAAGUGUUGGAUCUCUUUCGGUUCGUACACGGCAAGGCAGUGUUCGAGGCAUUCUACAAGAAUGACCUGGCUCGUCGGCUGUUGAUGGGCAGAAGUGCCAGUGAUGAUGCGGAGAAGAGCAUGCUUUCGCGGCUCAAGACUGAAUGCGGUUCGAGCUUUACACACAAUCUCGAGUCCAUGUUCAAGGACAUGGAUGUCGCUCGCGAUGAAAUGGCUGCGUAUAGUUCUAUCCAACGCGAACGUCGACACCGCCUCCCGGUCGAUUUGAGUGUCAGCGUGCUGUCAGCGGCCGCAUGGCCGACCUACCCGGAUGUCAAGGUGCGGAUACCAGCAGAGAUUGCGACUAGCGUGGAUGACUUCGAGAAGUUCUAUCACACCAAAUAUAAUGGGCGGAAACUCAAUUGGAAGCACCAACUAGCCCAUUGCCAGCUGCGCGCACGGUUCCCCAAGGGUGACAAGGAACUGGUGGUCAGCUCGUUCCAGGCGAUUGUACUGUUACUGUUCAACGACCUUCCUGAGGGCGGAUCGUUGACCUAUGCACAAAUCCAGGAAGCGACCAUGCUGUCCGACCAAGAACUUCAGAGAACGCUGCAAUCUCUCGCGUGUGCCAAGUAUCGCGUGCUCUCGAAGAAGCCUAAGGGUCGGGAGGUCAACAAGACGGACGAAUUUGCGUACAACCCCACGUUCUCCGACCCAAAGAUGCGGAUCAAGAUCAACCAGAUCCAGUUGAAGGAGACGAAGGAAGAGAACAAGACCACGCAUGAGCGAGUCGCUGCGGACCGGCACUAUGAGACACAGGCGGCCAUUGUACGAAUAAUGAAGAGCCGUAAGACCAUCACCCAUCCGGAGUUAGUGGCUGAAGUGAUCAAGGCCACGCGUAGCCGGGGAGUCCUGGAACCGGCGGAAAUCAAGAAGAACAUUGAAAAACUCAUUGAGAAGGAUUAUAUGGAACGUGAGGAAGGGAAUCGGUAUCAAUAUGUGGCCUAGAGCGGUUUGUUCUGUGUCUAGUGCUGUGAAAUGCUAGUGUCAGGGUUUAAGUUGACAUAUACCACUGUAAUGAUGAUUCGAUUUUGUUUGUAUGGCAUGAUUUUUCCUGGGCGUGAUAAUUAGGGGAAAGAGAGGCGGUAUGGAGGCGAUCGUACUUUGCAAGCCGUCAAGACCUGUACCGGAUGUGGUUCAAUGACUACUAGGUAGGAUGAG